AACCUGUUGGCUGCAGAGCUUGCGUAGGGAGCGUCCAUAUACGGUUGCUGGUAUCUGGAGAGUCAGUGUGUCGAUUGUACUGCCAUCAUUCAGCAGGAUGCGCAAGCUGGUGCACGCUUACUUCACUUGCAUGGCAAAACGCCGAGAAGGAAACCAGUGACUAUAUCUCCAGUGGGCCGUGCGCAAGUUUAGGGAAUGCAACGCAGAAAACGCCAAGCAAGGAUAAUGGCGCGAGAGAUAUUCUGGAUAGUACUUCUCAGUUGUGCAGCAUCCAUUGGUGCAGAUCCAGAUGGGUACACCGUCUUCCUUAUCGCAACGAACUCUACGCCUACAGAGGGCAACACAACCGUUGGUCUUAACUGCACGUAUACGGGUAAUGUGACGUCGGUGACAAUCGACAGGAUGAGGAAGAGCGAUGUGUCGUGGAAGUCUCUGGCACGAUUCAACGAAUUCCGUAAUAUAUCCGAAUAUGCAAAAAGUGGCCUUGACCUCAAAGACAGGUCUCAGUUGUCGAUGGAGAGUGGAUCCGUAAGCUUAUACUUCUACAGCAUGCAAUGCGAAGAUACUGCAAAUUAUAAAUGCCAAGUCAUGCCUACCACAGAUGAAAGGCGUGCUAUCUACGACACAACGUCAAUAGACGUGUUGGAUAAGGAGGGAGAGGUGUGUGGAGCUCAAUGGCACAUGAUCAGCGCUCUUCAACUUAGUGUCAUCCUCUUGGUCAGUCGGCUGCUGAUAUAACUGUCCUUCCAUUGUACACAUUUCCAUCAUCAUCAUUAAAUCAUACAAUAGUU